AUGUCCUCUUCUUACUUUAGAAAGUUGGAAGAACCGGCGAGAAACCGCUACCGUGAAAAGCUGACCUUCGCAGGUGAGGAGCUUCCAGAUCCGCUAGACGCUGAUGUUCGCAAAAACGUGUUCUCCACGGACGCUCGCCACUGGCCGCGACUAGAAAUAGGCGAUAUCUACGUCUACCUCGUGGAAGGGAUAUGCUUCUACACGAGAGAGCAAUUCAAAAGUUACAAACUAGAAGACGGUUACAACCUGUUUUUAAGCGGAAAGGUAUGCGACGCUUGUUCAUUUGGGGCUACGAUAGAGAACGCUCGCAUCGUUCUCAUCACCGGGCAAGUGGAAGCUAGUCAGACUCUUGGAAAGUACCACCAGCCUUGGGUCGUGGUGAAGAAAGAGGGCACAGUCCAAAGCGCCCACUGCACCUGCAUGGCAGGGCUCGGCGAGGCCUGCAGUCACGUAGCCGCGCUCCUGUUUCGCGUCGAAGUUGAUGUGAAGUUCGGCAUUCAUGACCCAAGCUCAACCUCUGUGGAAUGCCGCUGGAUUACAGCAUCUUCCACUGCUCAGGCUAGUCGAGUGGCUUCAAUCGACUUCAUCAAGCCAUCAAAGAAGAGGCGGAUAAACACAGUCUCAACACCCAAAGAAGUCUCGUCUCACCCAGAGGCAAGAGCAGAACAACUCAAGGACUUCCUCAAGGCAGUAAAGAAAUUGGCACCCGACACACUGGUGCUCAGGAGUCUUACAGACAGCGAAGACACAGACACUGCUGCCAGUGGUGAUGUCGAUGACGACGAGGAUUCACUUCAAGUGCCUGAGACUAUCGUGGACAUGGUGUGCUUCUACGGUUCACUUAAUGAGUCGGCUGCGAGAGAAGCAACAUUCUCAAUGACUGAGUGCGACCAGAGGGGAUUGUCUCCCAAGUGA